AUGUGUGCGGAGGCCGUUGUGACGGCCAACUACACCCGGAACCGGACCCCUGUGAGCGCACACGGGAGGACCCCGUGGGAGGCGUUCUACGGCAAUAAGCCCAACGUGGGGCACAUGCGGGUGUUUGGGGCGCAAGCCUAUAGGCACGUUCCGAAGCAGAGACGUCGGAAGUUGGAUCCGGUGAGCGAGCGGUGUGUGUUCGUAGGCUAUGAGCCGUAUUCCAAGGCGUACAAAGUGCUCCAGGAGAGCGACGGGAAGAUCAUGAUCUCUCGGGACGUUAUUUUUGACGAGGGCGAGGGACACAACAGGGUUGUCGAGCUGAGCUCCGACUCCACGGAGGGUUCCCCGGAGGCGGCCGGCGAGCGCGACACCGCGCACGCGACCGCACCCGCACACGGGCAUGCACGAUAUGCAAAACCGACCCAAAAAGGCAAGUUCGGAACCGCAGCGGGGGAGCACCCCAAAGGAACGGGGCAGCACCCAGAACCGCAAAGUUAUCAGGAAGCCGUAGGGGGAGAAGAGAGUGACCUCUAUCGGAAGUCCGUGGACGAGGAGAUGCGUUCCCUAUUGGAGAAUGGGACGUGGAAGAUCGUCGAAAAAUCGGAAGGGGUCAAGCCGAUUCCCAUGAAGUGGGUUUAUAAGAGCAAGCGGGACGAGAACGAGAACGUGGAGCGGUACAAAUGUCCCCUCAACCAGAUCUACUUUUGCAGCUUGCACCUCCUCUUUCGCCCAGCAAGUACCACCUUUGAGGGGACCAUUGAAGUCAAUCUCGACACACAGGAAAAGGUGGACGCCAUCAACGGGUUGAUCACGAACAUGAACAUCAGGCAAGUUGUUUUGGUCCUCCAUGAGAAAGUCUACAGCAAGCUCCUCACAAUCGCCACCGUGGACCCUGCAAAAAGGAAAGGCGCUUACAAGGUGUGGGCGGCGCUGGCCCAUCUCAACAACGUGUUGCGAACCCCGCUUGCGGAACUCAAGGUGGUUGCAGAAAGAGAGACCAAGGCGAUCAAAGCACAGGGUACAGCGGUUGCUUAUGUUGACUCGUUCGAUCACGGCCGCAGCGCGAGGAGACCUGUAAGCAAGCGAUAUCAGUUGGGUGGAGUAAUAGUGCAGGACGCAGCCGCUCGUAAAGUGGUUGAUUGGGCGUUGCCCAUGGCGUAUUUAGACAUACCAAGCAGGAGCGCCCUGCAGCUAGAGAAGCGCGUGCAAGCCGCUAAUCCGGCUAUGCUAGGAAUUGUGGAGAAGGUGAUUGAUAAUCGGAAGUUUGGCCUCUCAACAAUUGAGGAGGAGGUUGAGGACGAUGGGGAAGAGCUCACUGAUGAGGAAGGAAGUCCUCUGCAGCAGCAGCAGAACAAAUGGGCGCCAGAACUGAAGGUACUUGCUCCUGGUCUAGUUGCUGCUCUCGGGGGUAUAUAA